AGCCAAGUAAAGACAUACGUACAUGCAUACAAAUGGUAUGUAAACAUGUAGUGUAGCGCCACUAUUGGCGGGCCCCUAACUAACCGACGUGGAACGCUUUUGACAAGCACAUUUACUGACUUACUCAACGCUUGCAACUUUAGUUUGUCUCUCGUCGCCGGCAGAGUAACAAGUUUUGCUUUCUGCACAAAAGCUUGUACAAAAUCUUAAGCGCUGGUUAUAUUACUUCACCAUUAAGCCCUAGCGUAUUUUUUCAUUGCUGUGGCCCGAAUAAAUAUCAAUUGGUGUGAAGUUUUUCGCAAGUUUGUGUACAUAGAAAAUUGAACAAAAUUUAUUGUUUCGACAAAUCGAUAAAUUCGUGGGAGUAAAAUGUCCGAGGAAGCAGAUUUAUCAAAUCACGACCUCUACUCAUUGGAAGCCAAUUUGGUUAACAAGUCAAUGCGAGAAUUGGCAAAUGGCGAAGAGAAAGAUCCAAUUACCAAAUUACGUUUGUUAUGUCUGAGUCGCGGUGCAACUGGUAUACUCGGUUUUGGCAGAACUUUUCGCAAUAUGGAUGACGAUGGCAGCAAAGCGUUGAAUGAGGAAGAGUUCACCAAUGGCAUACGCGAGAUGGGCUUAGAAGUGACCGAUGAAGAAAUUAAAGAGAUGUUUCAAAGUUUUGACGAAGAUGGCAGCGGUUCCAUUAAUAUGACUGAGUUCCUAUUGAAAUUGCGGCCACCGAUGCCACAGUGCCGUCUAGACAUCAUCGAUCAAGCAUUUGCGAAAAUGGACAAGACCGGAGAUGGCGUUAUUACUUUGGAUGACUUGAAGAAUGUGUAUUCGGUGAAGGAGCAUCCGAAAUAUCAAAGCGGCGAAAUGAGCGAAGAUGAAAUAUUGACGGAUUUUUUAAAUAAUUUCGAGGGUGGCCGUGGUAAUUUGGAUGGAAAGAUUACCAAAGAGGAAUUUGAGAACUAUUACGCAACAAUUAGCGCCUCCAUUGAUAAUGACAUGUUUUUCGAUCUGAUAAUGCGACGUGCGUACGCUUUAUAAAUCAUUUAUUUUUACACCUCUAGAUAUACAUACGUACAUAUUUGUAUGUGCAUUACAAAAUCACUCACGUAAGCCGCGUUGCUUCAUUAUUUAUAUUUGUGUAUUUUCCCUUAGUUUAGUAUUCCAAUUAAGUGUGUUUUUAUGAUGUGAAACUGUUGAAGUGAUCGAAUAUGCAAGCCUACAUACGAAUAUUUGUAAUAUUAAUGUUUGUUUAAAUAAAUCAUAUAUGUAUCUACUAAAUAUUUAUAUGAUAACACAUAUUAAAUAAAAAAUUCAUGGGCUUAAAUUGUUCGGCAAACAAG